CUCGGUGUAUCAAUUCGUUUCCAGCAUAUUCGUUAAGCGUUUGGUUCUCGUUCUGUAAUUUGUGGAAAUUUUGAUCAUGUCGUCGACUGGGGAAACUGAAGUGAAAGUUCCGGCGGAGGAUGCUCCUUCUGCGGAGGUUCCGUCUGCGGAGGAGCCGAAGGAGGCCGAGAAGCCGGUGGAGGAGAAGAAAUCUAGGACUCCGAGGGAGAAGAAGCCUAGGCAGUCUAAGGUGGCUUCACAUCCACCGUACUUUCAGAUGAUCAAGGAAGCAAUCACGUCGCUCAACGAGAAGAAUGGAUCGAGUCCGUACGCCAUAGCCAAAUACAUGGAGGAGAAACACAAGGAAGUUCUUCCAGCAAAUUUCAGGAAAAUCUUGGCGCUACAAUUGAAGAAUUCGACCGCUAAAGGAAAGUUAAGGAAGAUCAAGGCUUCGUAUGAGCUAUCCGAAGCGGGAAAGAAAGACAAGAAGGCUUCGAAGGUCGCAAAAGCGAAUGCAGAGAAGAACACCAAACAGGCAAGAACUACUAGAGCUACUGCAGGGAAGAGGAAGGACGAGGCAGCAAGUAAGACGGCGAAGGCGGUGAAGAAGGUUGUUGCAAAGAAACCGAAAAGAACUACUCCGGCGAAGCCAAAGCAGCCGAAAUCAAUUAGGUCCCCUGCUGCUAAGAGGGCAAAGAAAGCGGUUGCGUGAACGUAGAAUCGAACAACUUGUCUUCGAUUUCUCUCUUGUGAAUAUCUUGCCUCCGAAUUACGAUCAUGUAGUUUGUAAAUUCUUGGUCCUAUGAUCUUGUAGUCUUUGCUUUAACUGCAAUGGAAAUAAAUCCUUUCUUGCUCAGA